GGCAAGAAUGCCGCUUCAGUACCGUCAAUUGAACUUGCAAUGCAUGGCAGGUACUUUACACUUUCAGCAUUUCUGACGGUAAAAUAAGGACUUUUAAGCCUAUGUCAUUUUAUUUUUGAAGCUGGGAUUUAUUGCAAGAACAUAUGUUUAUUUAUUUUUUUAUUGUAUAGUCUGCAUUGACGUUGGAACUUAAACUGGAGUAUGCUAAUACUUUAAUUGGACUGCCUUUUUGCCUUCGUUUUUCCCGACUUGGUCUACAAAGCGUUUCGUAGUUUUUCAUUAGUAUUUUGAAUUUGUAAGGUUUUCAAAUAUGUGGACCUUUCUUGGGAUCGCAAGUUUUACUUAUAUGUUUAAAAAAUGCGACGCUGUAAUCGAUUUUGCCCACAAAGAAAUCGUCCUGGCUGCCAUGGCGUUGAUCUCUGUUGGCUUGCUUUUGACCUAUGCCAGAUAUCGCUAUGGACAAUCUAUUAAAGUUCCGCAGAUACUACAUUUGCCACUCGACAUACUGUCAGCCCUUCCACUCACAAAUAGGUUAUUCUCAAAAUCAACGAUUUCGCGGAGUUCUGCAAGCUCUUCAAAAAAAGCGAGCACCAGGAGAAAGCGAGCAGAGGUGCAGACAGCGUCCAAUGUGGAGACCGGGGCCAAUGGCACCGUCACCACUGACCACGAGCCGGACGUCCUUAUUGUGGGCGCUGGGGUGCUGGGCUCUGCCAUGGCAGCGGUCCUUGCCCGAGACGGCCGGCGGGUGACUGUGAUCGAGAGGGACCUCCGCGAGCCAGACCGGAUUGUGGGAGAGCUGCUCCAGCCGGGAGGCUACCGGGCCCUGAAAGAGCUGGGGCUGGAGAGUGCUGUGGAGGGCCUGGACGCUCACGUGGUGAACGGUUACGUGAUCCACGACAUCGAGACCAGCACCGAGGUGGAGAUCCCCUACCCUCAGGAGGAGAACGCCAUCCAGUGCGGCCGCGCCUUCCACCACGGCCGCUUCAUCAUGGGCCUGCGCCGCGUGGCCCUCGCCGAGCCCAAUGUGAAGUUCAUUGAAGGCACGGUGACGAGCCUCGAGGAGGAGGACGACUGUGUGACAGGGGUCCAGUACAGAGACAAGGAGAGCGGCGACACCAAGGAAAUUCAUGCUCCACUCACUAUUGUGGCAGAUGGCUGCUUCUCCAAGUUCCGCAAGAGCCUUGCGGCUGGAAAAGUCCAAGUUUCCUCUCACUUCGUAGGAUGCAUCAUGAAGGAUUCUCCCCAGUACAAGGACCACCAUGCUGAGCUGGUGCUGGCUGACCCCAGCCCCGUGCUGAUCUACCAGAUCUCCUCCACAGACACCAGGGUGCUGGUGGACAUCAGAGGGGACAUGCCCAGAGACCUGACCGGCUAUAUGGCAGACAAGAUUCACCCUCAGCUACCAGAACAUUUAAGGGAGCCCUUUAUGGUUGCACUGCAGAAUGAUCGACUGAGGUCCAUGCCAGCCAGCUUUCUGCCUCCCUCGCCAGUCAACAAAUCAGGGGUGCUCCUUCUGGGGGACGCCUACAACAUGAGGCACCCUCUGACGGGAGGCGGGAUGAGCGUGGUCCUGAGCGACGUGGGCAUCUGGAGGGGCCUGCUGCAGAGCAUCCCCGAUCUCUAUGACAACGCAGCCAUGCUCCAGGCCAAGAGGAAAUUCCACUGGGAGAGGAAGUCUUCCCACUCCUUUGUGGUGAAUGUGUUGGCUCAGGCGCUGUACGAGCUCUUCGCCGCUACAGACAACUCACUGCACGAGUUGAGGCGAGCCUGUUUCCAUUACUUCAAGCUGGGUGGAGAGUGCAUAUCUGGUCCCAUUGGCCUGCUGUCUGUGCUGACCCCUAAGCCCAUGACCUUGAUCGGGCACUUCGUCGCCGUGGCUAUGUACGCCAUUUACUUCAGCUUCAAGUCCGAGUCUUGGCUCACCAAGCCCCGAGCCGUGGUCAAGAGCGGCGCCAUCCUCUACCGAGCCUGCACCGUCAUGAUCCCCCUCAUCUACUCCGAGUUCAAGUACCUGGUGUUCUGAGCGGCCCUGCUGGUCCGAGACGCAAAACUCGGACCUCCCCCCGAACCCCAAAACCCAAGGCCUUAGGGAGUCUCUGAGCCUGCUGCUUUUUGUUUUUGUUUCUUUUCAAUGGUACUUUCUGAGAUUGAGUGGACAAAUCUGUAACGUCAGCUCCCAUGGAGAUGCUGCAUCUGAUCUGAGGAGCAGUGGCUAUGUCUGUUUAAGAGGGUUAUGUUUGCCUGGUGGGUCUCAAUGGUAAUCAAUAAUAUGGCAGGGAACUGAACUGGACAGCUAGCAAAGGCCUAUUCCAGAGAUUGACACAUUCAACAGUGUUUUGGACUGUAAAAGUACCUGUCAAUAUCUAUUACUGGCUCCCUGGCCAGCUUAUUACCUCACUCUGACUACUGUCACAGUGUCCUAAUACCUACUGUAUGGUCAGUGUCAUUAGUCAGGACUUAGGCUGCAUCUGGUGCCUUCACCCACUAUGAGACUUCUCUUUUUAUGACAGAAAUAUGAUCAAUGGAUCUAAGGGCAAAUCAUAUGAAGUGCAAAAGAAAAAUGGCUACUUCAGGCUCAUGCUGUAUUAGCGAUAGGAAAAUCCAUAUUUUUCAAAUGACUUUAAACCGCUGUGCCACUAAAUUAAGCCCAUUUUUUUUGUCUAAACGGUUUUAUAUCAAGUAGGGAAGCAUUUUUCAUAUUGAAUAUAUUAACAUAGCCAGAAAUUGCAGUUGGCAUAUUUUCUUUAAUUGAAUUCAAUGCACUUGUAUCAAACUUUUGCACUUAUGAUCCUACUCAGGCGAAAUGUGAUUGUGCUGGAGGAAAUAGUCUGGUACUGGUUAUUCAUCCAACACAAAAAUGUGGCGCACUGUUCAAGUGCAUUGCACAUUCCUUUGAAACAAUUUUUUCAUUCGUCCUAACACCAUAUCACAUUUAGUGACUUGUCUGAUUUGAGCCUUAUUCAUUUUGUGUACUGAACAAAAGACACCGGUGAAGUUGUUCAUUACUUGCGAGACACAUCAUGAUGACACUGGUCUGAGUUUUCUUGGAAACUGAGGUGUCUAUUUUGCCAUUCUGAUGGCCUUAUGGAAUAGAGAGGAAGCUGAGUACAUUAACAGAGAGGAAGUGACAAGUGUGUGUUGUUUUAAAAGCAAGUUGAGAAAGAAAGUGGACCAAUGGAGGAAUUCAGGUUGAUUGUCCACUUAAGAGACCUUCAAAUGAAAUGCCUUUGAUUUCAAUGGAAUUCUGACUUCUAUUGCCUUUGAGUUGUGCGGAAAGGAUAAGCAAUGUGCUUUCCCUACCAAUCUUGUUAUUCAGUUUUGUAAAAUCCGUCUGAUUGACUGCAAACUGUUUGGUUACAAAAUCCAAACAAUUUAUGCGACUAUUUGCUGUUAUGUGAGAAAUCAGUUUGUUUGUAACAUGGAUUUUAUGUUCAGAUCAUUUUCAGUGUCAUUAAAAUUGUUUUCUUUACAGUCUAGCUGUGAAACAGGGGGGAGUAUUUCCAGUUGAACAAUAAUCUCAUGACGCACACUUUAAAAGUCUGUCACUCUAAUCAUUCUUUGUAAAACUGUUGCAUAUUUACCUUUCAAAUGCCCCUUGAGUCUGUAAAGUUCCGUCAACUAAUAUUCUGAAAUGCAUCAGCGAACAUAGAUAAAUCAUACAAAGAAUGUUGAACAUUAAAGCUCAUUAAAUGUUUACAUAUAAUGCA